AUGUCGCGCAAAAUUGAAGAGUUUGAUUCGCCGCAUGGUAGAAUUGGAAAGGAAAUAAUCUCUCCUGGACUGUUCGGCAGCAAACCUAUAGAAAAUAGUAUUUGCGAUAUUAACCACGUAGAUUUAAAUGAAUCAAUUAAAAUAACCAUAGGACAGCAGGAUAGUGAUUUCGGUCGGAUUUUGGAUGUUUGUAUACCCACUAUGAGUAAGGGAGAAACAUCAAAAUUCACAGUGAAAGAAUACAGUUUCACCUUGCUAUUGCAUAGUUUUACAGAAGGAAAAUAUAUCUACCAAUUAACGCCCGAGGAUAAAUACAAUUUGGCUCUAAAACACAAAGAUGUCGGUGUGGAUUUAUUCAAAAAUAAUCGCAACAAAGACGCCGCAUCCCGUUUUAGUAAAGCUUUGAAAUACUUGCAUUCCAUUCCCAUAGAUGUAGCGAAAAAACCUGUCGAACUGGACGGUAUUCUAGUAAAAGAUAUUAAUACAUUAAAAGGCACUCUUUACAAUAAUCUAGCGUCAUGCUAUUUCAAAAAUCAAUCCUGGACUUUGGUUAUCGACAUUUGUAAUAGAGUUAUUAAUUAUGAUAAGGAUAAUGUUAAGGCACUAUAUAAAUUAGGAGUUUCAUAUAAGCAUGAUAAAAACUAUGAGAAAUCGUAUGAGAGUUUUAAGAGGGUUUUGGAGUUAGAACCUAAUAAUAAAGCAUGUGGUGAACAUUUAAAGUUUGUUGAAUCUCAACUUAAAGAAUCUCAAAAAAAUAUCAAUGAUUUGGUUAAGAGAAUGUUUGUUGCCUAA